CUUCUUCGACAUGUAAAACCCUCACAACAACUCUCCUACAACCAUCAUAACGUGGUACAGCAUGGCUUCAUCAUCGCAAGUCAAACCUGCCGUCGGUAUUCUAUCGAUUGGUGACAUGGGCCUUGGUGUGGCUCGACUCCUCAAACAUCAUGACUAUAUCGUCUACACCGUCGCCCAGGGCAGAAGCAAACAUACCUUGAAUCGAAUCAAAGAUGCCCAGAUUACUGCCUUGGCCAAUGAUGACGACCUAGUUGCUCACUCCGACAUCAUCAUUGCCAUCGUCCCACCACGAGACGCCAUUGCAACCGCAAGAAGAAUCCGUGAAGCUUGUCGGUCACAUGAUGCCAUUCAGCAACGAAGUGAACGCAAAGGAACCGCCACUCUUGGUCAGGCUCCCAGUUUAACCUAUAUCGACUUGAACGCCAUCUCGCCUCAAAGCGCCAAAUCCAUUGCCAGGCUCUUCAGUCGAGAUGCGUCCCCUCCGCCAGCCCGGAGGCUGUCUCUCUCCAGGACCUUUUCUUUCCGCAAAAACUCGGAACCCGAACUGGAACCCGUCAAUGUCAACUUUCUCGAUGGUGGCAUCAUAGGAGGGCCACCGUCGAUGAAGCAUGACAAAUCGUGGAAGAAGCCAUCUGUGGUGCUUGCAGGUCCCAAGAUCGACACUCUUCUCACCGAAUCAUUCCUCUCCCUUUUGAAUGUCAAGAUUGUCGGUGAUACCAUUGGUCCAGCUUCAGCUCUCAAAGCUUGCUUUGCUUCUCUCACCAAAGGCUUGACCGCUCUGUCAGUUCUGUCAUACACCACCGCCCGCACUGCUGGAGUUCUCCCCCACCUCCAGGAACAUCUGGCUGAGUAUAGUCCGCACACCUUAGCCCUGGUCAACUUUGGUCUACCAGGGAUGCCUCCCAAAGCCUAUCGAUGGGUGGAUGAGAUGCGACAAAUCGGGGAAACUUUUAGUGAGGAAGGAGGCUUCAGUCAUGGGGUGGGAGGUGGGCAGAUUUACGAUGGGAUUGCUGAUGUGUACAAGUUCAUCGCAGACAACACGGCACUCGGGGAAGAGAGAGUGGAAAAGCGCAAACGAGGAACAACUGCAGAAGAUGUGGCAGAGUGUAUGAUGGAAGGGAUUGCGAAGAAGAAGGGAAAGAUUACAGAUGACAAGAGUAUGGAUGAAGCGUGGAGGGGGAGGUGGUCAUGAUUUGGGGGAGAUGUGUAUUCGUUCUUGGAUAACACUCUUUGCAUUGAAGCAUUUAGUCCGGAUAAAUUGACCUGCGUUAAGGUACUUAGUGAGAGUGAACAGCCAUUGCAGCCGUUAGCCCUGAGAGAAUGACUAGACAGAUCUUUUGUCUCUGAGAUUUCCUCCAAAUCGAGGCAGGGUCUGGUCAACAUCGAGCAUGACGACAGGAAAGCCUGGUAACUUUAUGCUC